UUAAAUCCUAGUUUUAUUUGAUGGACUUAAUAGUCAGGACAAACAGAUGUAAGUUUGUUUGUAACUUUGUGAGGCACCUACUGACAGUUGAUGAUCACCGAUUUUUGCCACGUUUUCUCGUCAACCUGCCGUUUACGGAGGAGAAUGCGGCCUCCGUAUUCGCGAAUCGCAGUUGAAUGUGUAAACGCCGUUUGGAAAAUUGAGAAUGAAUGAGGAAGCAUCCCCUCCACGUCUCUUGCCAGGGUGCGUGCGCUUCAAGGGAUGCUUUACAACCCUCCUGCCAUUCAGUCACUCACCGAACUCUGUGGACCCAAGUACGGAGUGUACGCCAGCUAUUUGCCGACAGCCCGCCGCCACCGAUUCGAAGGGGAAGGAGAAGGAGAAGCGCCUCCGGAAGGGCAGGAAGAAGAAGGUUCGCAAUCUGGGGAAGAAGAAGGAAGUAUUGGCAGCGGCUCGUCCGCUAACUCACCCCCGCCCAUAGAGCCACCAGUUCAAGAUCCUGAACCGAACCUUAUUAGGGAAAUGAGCCCUGGUCAUGAUUCUCGGGGUUCAUCGAUGGUCAGAUCUCCUUCUAGAGAUUCAGUCAGCUCCGAGAGGGUAACGCCCAUGCCGGCCGUAAGCCCGAUAUCUUUGUUACCGCCGACUGCGUAUACGCAACCCAUGCACCGAAUGAUGACGUCGCCCCACGGGUCAGUUUCGCCGUUGGUGUCGUCUUCCUCGCCGCCCAUUUUGAUACAGGCCAACAACGUGACCUCACCCAGAUCGGCUGACACGUCGCCUGAAGAUUCGGCCGUCUUGGAUUUUAGCACAAAACGAUCUACAUGUGAAUCUCCAGUUUUGAAUCUUAGUAAAUCCAGCUCCCCCCCUCCUGAAAUCCCCCUGAACAGCCCGUUAGACCUUUCAGUCACGAGUAGGAAGAGGGGGGUGGAUGAAAAUUCACCAGUAUCCCUCUCGCCCAAUUCCCAGCCCAAGAAACACUCGAGGUCAUCGGAUUACAAACCCAUCGUCUCUCCAUGGACGUCGCCGGUCGUUGCGUCCCACUUUCCCUAUUUCGCGGCUGCCGUGGCCGCUGCAAACAGUCUCUCGCCGAAAAACAACAAUCAGACAGACAUUUGGAACGGGAAAAUGAAAUUGCCGGAAAAAGGGCUAGGAGGAGUUCCGACGCCAAGUGACGCUUCUAAAGCAUUGGAGAAGAUGAGUGAGUUGAGCAAAUUGGGAGGAGACGAAUUCAGACCUGCCGGUGGAAGCGCCGGUAACAGGCAUAGCGCUUGGCAAUCCCACUGGCUCAACAAGGGAGCGGAACAGGCGAAAGACGUUUUGAAAUGCGUCUGGUGUAAACAGAGUUUCCCUAGUUUAGCCGCUAUGACGACGCACAUGAAAGAAGCGAAACACUGCGGUGUCAAUUUGCCUUCUCCCAUCAUACCACCACCUCCACCUCCUGUUCAACAGCACACACCGGUAUCUUCACCAUCCAGCAUUUCCGGUUUAAACACACCAUCUAGUAAGACCGGAGGCAAUCAGUCUGAUCUCAAUCUUCUGAUAAAAGAAACAAUGCCUCUACCACGCAAACUGGUACGAGGUCAAGAUGUAUGGCUCGGAAAAGGAGCCGAACAGACUCGACAGAUCCUCAAAUGUAUGUGGUGUGGCCAGAGUUUCAGAUCUCUUGCAGAAAUGACGAGCCACAUGCAACAAACGCAGCACUACACAAACAUCAUAUCCCAAGAGCAGAUCAUUUCGUGGAAAUCCGCCGAGGAGGGAAAAUCAGGAUCGGCUACCGGUGUCUCAGGAAGUUUAAGCGGUAGUGCAACAUCGGUCGGAGGUGCUAGCGCGGCUACAAACACGGCCAGUAGCCACGUCAGUGCAGUGCUGACAUGCAAAGUCUGUGACCAGGCAUUCAGUUCUCUAAAAGAACUGAGUAAUCACAUGGUCAAAAACUCGCAUUACAAAGAGCACAUCAUGCGUUCCAUAACGGAAAGCGGCGGUAGAAGACGGCAGACCCGAGAAAAAAGAAAGAAGUCUCUUCCCGUUCGAAAGCUCUUGGAAUUGGAGAGAGCUCAAAACGAAUUAAAAAACGGUGAAGGGAUUGUACUUAUGGGUAAGCAAGGAAGGGAUAUGCAUUCGGCCGGCAGGAUCACUUGCGAGAAAUGUAAAGAGAAAAUAGAAAUGUCUGUUUUCGUCGAACACAUCCGACUCUGUGUGGGAGGAGAUCACAAAAAUCUAUUAAAAAACGCGCUUUUGUCCACUAGCGCUUUGGCCGAAAAUCACGGAGUUUCACAAGCUCUGAGGGAUUCGAGCCAAAUGAAAGAAGACAAGAGGCGAAAUCGAUCCCCGGCCCCUACAGAUCUCAACGUAGGCCCGGGAAGUCCCAAAGAAGUAAAAGCCGAUGGAAAAGGUUCUUCGCCGUCGGUGUUGAAUGCUAUCGAAAAGUUAAUCGAGAAAAGCUUUGAUUCUCGUUCCAGACACGGCGCAGGGGGCUUCGUUGGUCCUGGUGUCCCUGGACAAGCCCCUAUGGGCUCUAGUAUACUCAAGAGGCUGGGUAUCGACGAAAGCGUUGACUAUACUAAACCUUUAGUAGAUGCACAGACGAUGAAUCUCUUGAGGAGCUACCACCAUCAAGCCACCGCUCAGUACAGGCGAGAGCGAAGUGGUAGCGAGUCGAGUUCCAUAUCGGAACGAGGACGAUCAGACGCCAUGACCCCGGAUAGAAAAUACGAAGAUCGCUAUACCCCUAGAACAACACCCGAAAAAAGGAUUCAGACACCUCCAUCUAACAAGACAUGUCCAGACGAUAUCGGUGAAGGAGAAAUAAGAAUCAAAAGGGAAAGGGAUAAUUCCGAUGACGAAAUCAGAGUGAAGCGCGAACCGGAGGAAAUUAGAGUUAAAAGGGAAGACGAUUACACAUCAGAGAAUAGAUCCGAAGUGACAAUCAAACAGGAGGUUGAGAACGGUAAUGACGACGACGAGGAUAGGCGUAGUUUUCAAAGUGACGAGCCGUUGGCAAAGCGGAUUUGUCACGAUGAAGAAGGCAGGUCAGCUGCAGAAGACGAUGAUCAAAGGAGCCAUAGGACUUCGGCCAGCCCGAUGGCGAGUCCGGCAACGAGCGUGAGGCCGCCUUCGGGCGACCACGUCGCCAGUCCCAGCAGCCCGGCCAGUAGCGACAGAUCGGCUGGCACGCCGAGAAGUUCGUCGGAAAAGAAGUCGUCCAGUAGUUUGGGCGCUCUGUCGUCCAUGUUCGACAACUUGUCCGGAGGGGCCGGUAACCAGGGCGAAACGGGUACGCCGCCUACGAAAAGUGCGAGCCACCCCUUGGCCGCGUUGCAGAAGUUAUGCGACAAGACUGAGACUCAUGCUCCGCGAAGCACCCCAAGCAACGUUCACCCUGCCACCCCCGGGACGUCGACGACGCCGGCACCUUCGGGCACCGCCCCGGGCGCCAUUCUCGCAUUCAGCUGGGCUUGUAACGACGCGGUGGUCACAGCUGACUCCAUAAUGAAAUGCGCUUUUUGUGAUACCCCGUUUAUUUCUAAAGGCGCCUACAGGCAUCACUUGUCCAAAAUGCAUUUCGUCAAAGACGGCGUGAUCCCCGACCCGGUGUCUCUGAAAGGGCCGAUCGGUUCGCCGACCCCCUCCGUUCCUAAAGGAAACAGCAACAACAACAACGGGCCAUCCACCUCUUCCGCUGCUACGAAAAGUCCCCAACCCACUCCCACGUUCGAGGAGAGCCCUCAUUCGAAGUUCCUCAAGUAUACAGAACUAGCAAAACAGUUGUCCAGUAAAUAUGUAUAGACAGAUCCCCUGUACAGUUGUCCGAAUCCAUUCCUUUGUAUAAAACCCAGUCUUUUUUUCUGCAUAUCUCUUAAGCGUGAUAGUGAUAGUUUGUUAGUUGUUUAAUAGCGAUCUCUAACUCUGAAGUAUACCUUACCUACGCCUUUUUAAGAGAACUGUAUGAUUGGCGUCCUUUAUAUACACAAUAUGUAUACUCAAAGACACGUGAUAUAUUGAAAUAGAUUUGUUUAUUAUAUUUAUUUUAUUGUAUUUUAGCUUAAUAUUUAAAAAAAACAACGAUGUAAAUUAGCGAAUAGAUUCGUUUUAUUUGUUGAAUUUAAUAUUGUAUAAAAUUGCAAACCGCAUAUUAGAUUUUAUAGAGCAAGUGUACAUUAUGUAUAAAUUGUUUAUAUUUGUUUUAGUUGAAAAAGAAAUGAGCGAUUCGCUAAUUUACAUUGCCAUAAGAGUUAUUUCGACAGUGUUCGAACUUUUCUCGACACACCGUAUACGUAUACAUUUCACGUGUUUGUCACACUUAAAACUAGCUAUAUAUUAUGUAGCCAUUGUCUUUUGGUAUUAUUCAAAGUGAUAUACAUAUAAACAUAUAUAUGAAAUAUUCUUUUUAUUAAAAAUCCCAUUAUAAUAGUUAUAUUAAAUAUAUUGUAAGAGGUUCUGAAUUUCUUCUAAUAUUAUAAGUAAUUUACCUUUGCAAUAAAUUGUAAUCUUUAAAAAAAAAAAUUAAAAAUGUUUAAAGACAUUAAAAAGUCAAAUGAAAAAAUUAUUAAAUUACAUAUUGUCUAUACGAAAUGAGUGAAUAAUUUGAUAGUCAUUAUUUUUUAAAAAUGGAUAUAAAAAUACUGUUAACUAUUGUACAAUACGUAUACGCAAAAAAAUCAAGUCAAAAAUAUUUUGCAAUGAAGCUCAUGUUACUAGGUUAAGAUUAAAUUAUUUGUCCGUUGUGAAGGCCAUUCAGGAAGCCGUGCUGGCCCGGGAGAAAAGAUUUCCAGGAAAAUCGAACCCGAGGGUAGUCGAUGUACCGAUAAAGGAUUAAUUAAGGAGUAACGAAGUCGAACGCGAUUGCCCGUGGACAUAUUAUACUUUACCUCUUGUUGGCACCUAUGACAAUAGGCCGUUUGGCAGCAAUACCCAGUGAGGCCAGGGGCUAAAUCGUCUGUUACUCCCGGCGCGGUAAUUAAUCGAAGGGAUUCUCUUUUGAAGUAUAAAUAUAAGAAGUGGUCGCUCCGUCCUUCAAGGAGAAUCCUUCGCCUAUAAAUCAUCAUUAUUGCCAGCCGUGGCUAAUAAAUACAAGUGCCGUCUCCUCUCGGUCCUGCUAUUCUCAGAACUGACGGCCUCCUGGACGCUGUAGACAGUCGAGAUCAUUUCGAAACAAACGCAGUCCCGAUUAUCUUCAAUUCUAAUAGCACUAGAAAACCGCGUGCGAUCUUUUUUGUACUUUUUAAUGUGCCAGGACAUCUCUAUUAUUCUCUUCUAUCUUUGAAAAAUCUCUCAUCGACUAAUAAUAAAAACGAAGUAUACUGCAAAAAAACUAAAAUAAAUAUAUAUUUAUUUUGUAAAUUUCUUGAAAAAAAUGUAAAUUUUUUGACAGUUAUCUAGUGGUAUUAGAAAUUAAGGUGUUAGAUAUGUUUAUACAAUUGUCCCUUGAUAACGUUAUAUUUAUAUAAGACUUAAUGAUUCUAUGUGACCAAAUGAAAAGUAUACGAUUUUUGCGAUAACUAGGUGACAAAAAUUUUAAAUUUUGCUAAGCCAGUGAUCUUUUAUUGUUUUUUUUUAAUCUUGAUUUGUGUUCUUUUGUACUGUUUUUCUUUUUUGUUAGUUCCAAAUGAUUAUAGCAUAAUCGAAAUAAUUUAAAAAAUGGAAUAAAAUUCGAUUCAAGGUGUAAUUAUUUUGGUGAUUCAUUUCCAACAGUGAAGAGAAAACAAAACGCGAAUCCUGUAUAAGCCCUGUGAAAUGAUUAUGUGUAUAACUUUGUUAUGUGUACAAAUUUUUGGCAUUUUCACUUAAAAGAAAAAAAAAACAAUGUGUAAAAGGUAAAUCAGUCAAAAGACUGUAAAAUGCUGUUGAUGUUUCUUUUAUUCUAAUGAUAUUAUUAAUAGACUUAUUGAUUUCAAUAAAACCAAGUCUUACCGCUGAA